AGGCGGACUGGAUGGGCGCCCUGCCGCCGCCGCUCCGAGCCCGCCCGCUGGCGCACCUCGCCAUCCCAGAUGCAGGAACUGAGAUGCAGAGAGGGAACAUGACUUACCCAGCAUUACCCCGGAAAUCGGUGACAGAGUCAGGAAUUGAACCAAGCUCUCCUGAGUCCCGGUUUGUGCACUCUCCCCUAGAUUCUACUUCUGCAGCAACUCAUCUGGCCUGCAGAUAUCAGUUACAAGGGUCUUAGUGGUGACUGCUGUAGGUUUUCCUUUCUGAUACUAACACACUAGUCUCCUAAGGCUUUGUAACCUCCCUGGUUAUAGAUUCUGCAGCGCUAAUGUGGAGGUGCAGGAUGCUUUUCCAGGAAGAAGUAGUGCUUUUGCUUUGCACUGUUGCAGACCUACCAGUAAUAUCUCAAAGUUCCAGGCAACUGGGUCAUAAGACCCCUGGAGCUACAACUCUGAGGAAGUAUAGGUACACGUACAGACAUGGUUCAGUGCAGAAAUGAAGCAUGUGAGAUGAUAUUUAACUUCUGUCACAAGUCUUAAAAAUAUAGUAGCCUUAAAAAUUGAGCAAAAUAUAGUUAGAUGUUUCCAAGUUUCAAGUUCUUUAUAUUCCCUUUUUCCCCUUAUCCAAAAAAAAAAAUGUACAAUAUCAUGAGCAAGAUAACUUUGAAAUUUCUUUCAAGGAGCAGAAAUGCCAGUAUUGAAAAUAUUCAACCUGCUGUAGGCCCUAUUAAUACAGAAAACUGAUAAAGAUGGUGAGCAAGCAGCUUAGAUGUGCUUGACAUGUGCCUGCUGACUGUUCCAGAUGGCUUCAGGCAGGGUGAACCUGCUGUGCUGGUAAUUGCUCUAGGGUCACAUGAUUCUUUCAGCUACUGGGUUGAUGAGAAAUCUCCAGUGGGACCAGACCAAGCAACAGCAAUUAAACGUUUAGCUAAAAUUUCUUUGGUUAAAAAGCUAAUGAAGAAGUGGUCAGUUACUCAAAACCUGACUUUCAAGGAGCAGCUGGAAAGUGGAAUCCGCUACUUUGAUUUGCGUGUAUCGUCCAAGCCAGGAGAAGUGGAGAAGGAGAUCUACUUCAUACACGGCUUGUUUGGCAUCAGAGUUUGGGAUGGGCUGAUGGAGAUUAACAGCUUCCUCCUGCAACACCCUGGAGAAGUCAUUUUCCUGGAUUUCAAUCAUUUCUAUGCAAUGGAUGAUAGUCACCACCUGUACCUGAUCAGCAAGAUACUGAAAGCAUUUGGAUCAAAACUUUGCCCAGUGCAACCUGUAGAAAAAGUGACUUUGCAAUAUUUGUGGGAGUUGAAACAGCAGGUUCUAAUAUUCUACCACUACCCUCUGUAUCAGGAUUAUUCCUUUCUGUGGCCAGGAAACAAGAUGCCGGCCCCAUGGGCCAACACAACAAAUGUGCACAAACUUUUACAGUUUUUAGAGACUACCCUUAGGGAGCGGUCUCAGUAUGGAACUUUCCAUGUUUCUCAAGCUAUUCUCACUCCCAGAGUCAAAACCAUUGCCCGGCAUCUAAUCCGUGGCCUAAAAAAUACACUAGUUCACAGGAACCUGCCUAUGAUUUUGAAUUGGGUAAAGACACAGAAACCUGGUGUCAUGGGCGUUAACAUAAUUACAUCAGACUUCGUGGAACUAGUCGACUUUGCUGCUACAGUGAUUGCAUUAAACAAUCUUCUGUUAGAAGGGAACAGAGGUGUGACUAAAUCCUGAUUGCUCUGUCUCUCACUCUAAAUUUAAUCCUGUUCUGUUUAUGAGGAUUCAGAGCCUUCCAGCUGUACAAAAUGCAAGAGUUUUAUUUAUUUAUGUAUUUAUUUGGAACAAAGCCAUGGUUUCAAAAGAAGCGCAGUUAAGACUAUAUACAUCAUGGUCUGUUCUUUUGUAGCUGCAACAAUUUGACCUGAACACUAAGUACCGAGCACUGCUGCAUGGCUGUUUGUGGCUAUGCAUUUGACACAUCUGCUUUGUGACAGGAGGUUGUUUGCCUGCCAACAGGAGGUUGGACUUUCAAGCAGAUGUAACCAAUUAUUGGCAUCAUCUCGCCAGGGAUGGCUUGCUGUUUUUGCAUGCAUCCUUCAUGUUACUGAAUCCAGGGCUCAAAUUGAGCAUUGUUACUGAUUCCCUAUGCAGCAGUUCUGGCAGGCUAGCCAAAAAAGGCAUCCAUCUCCUCCUGGCUGCAUCAGUCAGAGCUUUGCUAGUUUCAUCUGAAAGUCUUUGUUUCUUUAUUACACUGGAAGCUACCUCUGAGUUUCUUUAAAGCAACAGUGUCCCCAUAGAGAGAAGCUUUUAUUCUUUGUACAAUAUUUUAAAUAAAGUUGGACUCAGGUGCAAA